UCCAAAUUGGGAUUAGACUUGUCCGGUGUGAGAAUAGCAUUGUAUCGGUCAAGUCUGAUACCGUGUCCAAAAUAUUGGUCUCUCCACUUAUGUGUCUAUCCAAACAACCGGACUCCCAUAGAAUUGCGGGCUUUUCUUACAGCCGUUGAAACUCAACAACAACGACCAACCGUGAUUUUUUUGUUGGGCAUGUCCUCCUUAGUCAAGACCAGUUACAGUCACAACGUAGCAUCAACUGCCAUGGCAAUGUGCUCAAGCUUCUGUCCUCAGAUUCCUAACCAAUUUAGAGGGAGACCCAUUUCCUCUUUCCCUUCAAGACAACCGUUUUCUGUUCCUUUCAAGGCUUUCACUUCUCAAGCGAACAUCAAAGACCAAUUGCCAGCACGAAUUGGUUUUCUUGGUAUUGGAAUUAUGGGCUUUCCAAUGGCACAGAAUCUCAUAAAAGCUGGGUGUGAUGUGACUGUUUGGAACAGGACCAAGAGCAAAUGUGAGCCCCUCAUAAGCUUAGGUGCAAAAUAUAAAUCAUUUCCUGAGGAAGUAGCCGCAUCUUGUGAUGUCACAUUUUCCAUGCUUGCUGAUCCUGAAAGUGCAGUUGAUGUUGCUUGUGGAAAGCAUGGUGCUGCAAAUGGUAUGAGUCCAGGAAAAGGGUAUGUGGAUGUUUCAACUGUUGAUGGUGAAACUUCCAAAUUGAUUUAUGGACGUAUUAAAGCAACUGGGGCAUUAUCUUUGGAGGCUCCAGUUUCAGGUUCAAAAAAGCCAGCAGAAGAUGGGCAAUUGAUAUUUCUUACUGCAGGAGAUAAAUCUCUUUAUGAUACGGUUGCUCCUCUCUUGGACAUUAUGGGGAAGUCAAGAUUUUACCUCGGGGACAUUGGAAAUGGGGCUGCUAUGAAACUUGUUGUCAACAUGAUUAUGGGAAGUAUGAUGGCAUCAUUCUCUGAAGGAUUACUUCUCAGUGAGAAAGUGGGACUGGACCCAAGUGUACUAGUUGAGGUUGUCUCACAGGGUGCGAUCAGCGCACCAAUGUACUCGAUGAAAGGUCCAUCAAUGAUCCAAUCCCUUUAUCCUACCGCAUUUCCGCUAAAGCACCAGCAGAAGGACUUGAGGCUUGCUCUGGGAUUAGCAGAGUCUGUUUCUCAGCCCACUCCAAUUGCUGCAGCUGCAAAUGAACUAUAUAAAGUAGCAAAAUCUCAUGGCCUUAGCGACCAGGAUUUUUCAGCAGUCAUUGAAUCAUUGAAAGGAAAGUUGCAGCAAUAACACAUAUCUUGGAGUUAAUUCAUGUUAAUGAAUCAAUUAUUUUCAUUAAGUGGCACAUAUUUCUAUAUGAUUGAUUCAUGGUGGGUAAUAAAUAAAUAAGCCUCUACAAUUUCAUGAUCUUGAUCUUCUUGUACAAUAUAAAUAAAAUCAUAUAUUUUAAUACUUUAGAAGAGAUAUUAUUGUUUUUAAAAUAAAUAAAUAAAUUGUGUGA